AUGAAGACGAAGAAGUCUUCCAAAGAAGGAAAGCGUUGCAGAUUAUAUGUGACUAUGAAAAGAGUUGUUCUUGAUGGAGAAAGUGUGUUCAAAAGGCUUAAUGAAGCAAUGGGUAAUGUUCAUAAGACUGCUAUACUUCCGGGUCUGAAAACUGCAUUGGCUACUGCGAACAAAGAUGAAGACGACUCCGAGGGAAGGACAGCACUGUAUUUGGCUUGCUCGUAUGGCAAGGUGAAAUGUGCUAAAGUUCUUCUGGAAGCUGGAGCAAAUCUCAACGCGGUUGACAAAAACAAGAACACACCGUUGCACUAUGCUGCUAAUUGUGGGAGGAAAAAAACCCUGCAAAACAUGGAUGACAAAAAUCCCAUUGAUUUGGCUAAGCUUAACUAUCAGCUUGACGUUAUGAACCUCCUUGAGAAGGACGCAUGA